AUGGAUGUAAUUAAACGAUAUUACGAAAAAGUUCAAGAAAGUUGUUUUGCUGUUGUCGAAUGUCGAUCAUCUGCGAGUGCACCAUAUUUAAUGUUCAUUAAUACUAUUUUUUGGUUAAGCGCAUUCUAUUUGGAGCGAGAAAUUCAGUUUCGAGUUUUAUUAUCGCUUGCUGUCGACGUGUUAUCCAAAAUUCUAUUUAGCAUUGGCAAUCAACUUUUUCAGGCUUUGGGUGUUACACUUGCUUUUCUAAGUGCAUAUUCAUUGAAAGUGGACACAGAGAAAGCCUGUUGUUGUGUGUAUAUUGGUCAAUCCUAUGUGGCGCUAUCAGCAAUUCAAUCGGAAAAUAGUUUUAUCCAAAACAUUAUACGAAAAACCGGGGAUUUUUUAUCGAAUAUUUGGAAAAAUUUUAUUUUAUCGAUUAAAAAUUUAUGCAUCUUAAUUAAAUGUAAAGUGAAAAAUGCUUUAAUUCAUCUCAAACAAUUUAUUAUUUGCAUUGCUAUCAGUAUUAAAAAUUAUAUAAUCCAUAAAUUACGCUCAUGUAAAGAGUGGAUUUUUGGAAAAUUAGCGCAAGUUCGUGACUGGAUUUGUGAUAAAUUUAUACGACCCAUUCGAAAUGCACUUCUAAGUAUUUUUCAAUUUUUACGUUAUUAUUUAUGUGGACACUGGUGGCCUGGCUUAAAAGCAUAUUUAGUCGAUCAUAUUGGUCGACCAGUGAAACGUUUAUUCAAUUAUAUUUGCUUUGCAACUGUUUAUAUCUUUUGUGGUUAUUGGGUGACUCCAUUGUUCAAACUUAUUAUCAGAUAUUUACAACGGUUUCGCAAAUUUAUUUUUCGAACAUGUAUUGCUCCAAUUGUCAGGUAUAUGAAAUAUUUGCUGAGUCAAGCACUGAUUGCAAUUCGUCGUGUUUUGCAUCAGCUUGGUUUAAUUGUGCGCGAUAGUAUAUUAUGGCCUUUUUGCGUAAUACUAUUUGAAUUUCUGAAAGCAGUCGGUUUAAUUUUUCAUGCAAUAAUUAUCCAGCCAUGUUGUAAUUAUUUCUAUACCAAAUAUAAAAAAUGCGAGGAUUGCCUACUAAUCUAUGUAUUGGGACCUGUUUGCAAGAUAAUUGUGGACAAUGAUACUGACACAGAAUUAGCAGAACUUUUGCCUAUAAGAGAAGAUAACAUUUCGGAAACAGAAAAUCUGUCUGAGAAACAAUCAGUGGAAAGUCGGUCAUCAAUAUCAUUUUAUAAAUAUACAUUUGCAGAAGAUGAACACGAUUUCGUUCGAGGAUUAAAAUUUCCCUCACUAAUUACCUCGGAAUCUAGUGAUGAAAAUUUGGAAGCAUUUAAACCGUUAAAAAAAAAGCACAAACGGAAACGGCCGAGCAAAACAGAAUGCUUGAAAAGUGUUCCAAAGGAUCCGACUCCAUCUGUUAUCGCUGAUGGUAAAUCCGAUACAUCGAGUGAGAAUAGUAGAUCAUCUACUACUUUCAGCCUCAAUUCCGGAAAUAAUCACCGCGAUCUAGAUGAAUUAGUUGAUAGUUAG